CCAAUAUAUCCCCAAUACACACCUCCUAAUUCAGAUGAUAUGAGGAGGAUGAAGACAUCACAGAAUAAAUCAGUAAUUUCAUGCAAAUCUUUAGUUGCAGAAUCUAAACAAAAUAAAAAAGUCACUAUGCCAAACCUUUUUUCAGAAUCAGAUAAUCAGUUAUUAGAAUUAUUAUCUCCAGCAAUGCGAAAAAAAAUUAUUGAUCCAUCUACAAAAAAUAAAUGGGUGGAAUCACUUGAAUAUAUGCAGUGUAGAAUUGAAGAUAUAAUUAUUCCAGAUGUGUUUGUCGAUACAGCAUCGGAAUGUCUUGGUAUAAAUAAAGUACUAAAUGAGGCAGUAGGAUGGAAUCUUGGAAUGGCACCAAAUUUUUUCCUUAGACAUAAUUCUGAUCAUAUAAUGAAAUUAGAAGAAGGACAUAAGGAUGUACCAAUAUCUAUAAAAUAUAAAAAUAAAUGGGUUACUGAAACAGGACAUGUUGUUGUUAUUGAUGAUGGAAAACCCGAUUACCUUCUUUGUUUAGAAACACCAUGGAUUCGAAAACCAAUCAAGAAUAAUGUUUUAUCAAGCCUUUAUACAACAGUGAUUCGGGAUAAUAAUUCAAAAAAUCAAACUUUUGAUUCUUCUACCAAGAUUGAUACUAAAGAGGAGGUAGCAUCUAAUAAGGAAAAAGAGUCCCAAGUCUCUGAUUCAUUCACUGAAGAUCUAAAAAAAAAAACAUAA